CUCGUGUACUCCGGGGUAUUUUUCUUAUAAGAGUGCGACACUAAUGCAGUGAUCGACAAGCCUUUUGGUUUGUCUCCUCUCUUCAUUCUACUGACUCCCCUAAUCCCCUGUGGGACACAACUUCCAAUCUUUCGGCCCGUAGUACGCGAUGCACCACGAGGAGCUUUAGAUCAGACCUGACCUUGCUUCUUUCUGGACAGUGGUCCAUAUCCUUUUUUCCCCCUUUAUUCUUACAACUGCCUCGGGGGGAUUACACUUGCUAAAUCAUCUCCGUCAUGACGCCGUUGACAUCGCUGGUCACCGCGCUCGCUAUCGCGAUUAGCGUCGGGAACAGGGGCGCGUAUGGGAAAACACAGGAGGUUCUCCUCGAUGCCUGUCCAGACUACACGUCUUAUUCCGCAGUGUCACAUGCUCCAUAUAGCGGCGGGCCGCUCAACCUCCCCUUCCAACGCCCGGCAACAGAAUGCAGGACCUUCUCGUCAUCGGCGGUGGAACAAGUGAUUGAAGAUGUGACAUCGCGAAUGGUGGACAAGGACCUAGCGCAGCUGUUCCGAAAUGCUUUCCCCAACACGCUCGAUACCACGGUUCGGUGGCACACGAACGGCUCGACGCCGAACACGACAAACAAAAAGCAUAAGAAGGCAAAGCUGAAUGGUUCUCAGUGGGAGGGAGCGCACUCGUUCAUUGUAACGGGAGAUAUUAAUGCGGAAUGGUUGCGCGAUUCUACAAACCAACUGGCGGGCUAUCAAGCGUUGGCAAAGAAGGACAAGUCUCUCUACACGCUGAUUCUGGGCGCGAUCAACACCCAGGCCGAAUAUGUGAUUCAGUCGCCAUAUUGCAAUGCGUUUCAACCUCCCCCGCCGAGUGGCAUCAACCCAAGCUCUAACGGAGUGAAGGACACGGUACACCCGGCGUAUGAGUCCUCAUUUGUCUUUGAAUGCAAGUACGAGCUUGACUCGCUGGCCCAUUUCCUCGCCCUGGGCACGCAGUUUUACGAGAACACAGACUCCGUGGAAUUCCUGACGAACAGAUGGUACAAGGCCUUGGACACCCUAUUGCACGUCCUGGAUGCCCAGUCCACCCCAACCUUCGACUCGAAUCAGCAAUUCGUGGUCAACGAGUAUACCUUCCAGCGAGAGACAACGCUGGGGACCGAAACGCUCAGCCUGAAGGGUGUGGGCAACCCCCUAAACCGCGGCACGGGGCUGAUCCGAAGCGCUUUUCGCCCCAGCGACGAUGCUACGAUUCUCGGGUUUUUCAUUCCGGCCAAUGCGAUGAUGGCUGUGCAGUUACAGAAGACUGCCAUAGUGAUCGAAGCCGCUGGAGGGGAUGCAUCCCUUGCCUCACAGUUGCGCCAGCGGGGGCAGGACCUAGAAAAGGCCGUCUGGGAACAUGGCGUCGUUGAUCACCCUAAGUUCGGCAAGGUCUUUGCCUUUGAGGUUGACGGGUAUGGGUCCCAAAUCAUGAUGGACGACGCCAACGUCCCGUCCCUGCUGUCCUUACCACUGCUCGGCUUUCUCGACCAGAACGAUCCGACUUACCAGAACACCCGGAAGAUGAUCCUCGACCCGACAGGGAAUCCGUACUACCUGAGUGGCUCUGCCUUUCACGGUAUCGGAGGACCUCAUAUCGGUUUCCAGUAUGCCUGGCCCAUGUCUCUCCUGGUGCAAGCUCAAACAAGCAACUCCGAAACGGAAAUCAUGGACUCUAUCAAUCUCGUCCGCGACUCGAGCCUGCUCGGCCUCGUCCACGAGUCCAUCAACGUCAACAACAUCAAAGACUACACCCGGCCGUGGUUCGCGUGGGCCAAUUCCGUUUUUGCGCAGACCAUCCUGAAGAUCGCCGCGGAGAAGCCUUGGUUGAUUUUUGGACCGGGAGCGUCGCCUUAUACUCUUUAGUUUUUACCCUUAUCCUUUUGAAACAGAA